AAAUCAUUAGUUUUGAUAAACAAUUGUAAAUGCAAUCAAAAUAUUGAGAUAUUUCACGAUUUGAUUAAAUUUGAGAAACACUACCACUCGUUGAUUAACACACAAAAUGUGGACACAAAUGAAUGCAACGAUAAAUCAGUAGACAACGAAGAAGUGCUCAAAAAUAAUGACAAAACAACUGAUCCUAUGUUUGCGGAGUCAACACAAUCUUUACUACAAGUGUUGGCCACCGAUGCGAUCGAUAUCAUUGAACCCAAUGUCGUGUCCAUUGACUUGAAUCCCACUGAAAGUGUUAAACAAAACACUUAUCCAAUAGUUUCCGAUAAUGGCCUCGAAGUUCAGCCACCGAUCGGUGAUUACGGGACACAAUGUGUGGCCACAGCGGCGGACAAGUCGUUGAAAGCGCAAGAGAUUAUUGAUUUACUCGACGACAGCGACACCGAAGACACGGCCGCACAACCGGUGGCCACCAAUCAAGUGACUGAUAUCGGGCUUCAAAACCCAAUACUCACUGAACUGUUGAACGAAGACACGUGUAAUUCGAUGGACACAGCGAUCGCCUCUCAAGGCACGGCACCGGCAACUGAUCCCGGAGUCUAUCAAUGCCUCGAGUGUCUCAAAAUAUUUACCACAAAACAAGGCUUAAGGAUACACAACGGUAUGUUUCACCGGAAACCUGUGGAUCAGUUGCAAGCGUCCGGUAACCAACACUUGACAGUGGCUCAGGUGGGCGGACACAUCAUCGCUGGUUUUGUUAAGAACUUGACGCCAAUACCAGCCGUACAUAACAGCAGUCAAAGCAACGACACUGCACCGGCAACUGAUCCCAAAGCCAAUCGAUGCCUCGAGUGUCGCAAAUCAUUUACCACAAAACACGGCUUAAAAAUACACAACGGUUUAGUCCAUCCGCCGCCACCAUAUGAUCAACAGGAAUGGUCUCCAUCGACAUCGACUCGUCAGUUGGCCAAAUCCGCGGUCGCCGGUAAACGUGUGGACAUUACGCCGAUUACAACGCCCGCGCUUAACGUCAGCCAAAGCAACGGUACACCAAGUGUUAACACAUAUAGUGUACGCCCAAAGAAGCGGCCGCUCAUUGACACUAAUGAACCACAAGUGGUGAACAAACAACCGGCGCAAGAGAUUAUUGAUUUGCGUGACGACAGCGACACUGAUAUAGAGGACGCGCAGCCGGUGUUAUCACCGGCUGUCAGCAGUCACACCAUCGACGACGAUAAUAGCGGCGUCGACGCCAUCGCCUGUCCAGUGGACACGUGUGGCAAACGGUAUCCAAACAAGUAUUGCUUUAAGAACCACGUGAUGGCCGCCCAUCCGGGUGUAGUCGUGCCGAUGACGCCACGGGUUAAGCCCUAUCGGUGUCCGCGCGUCGAUUGUUUCAAAAGCUUUCUAUCGGAUCAGUCUCUGCAGCAACACAUCCAGACUAACCACAAGUCUUUACAGCAGACCUCAACUCCGACCAAAUCGGGCACUCAUUUGUGUCCGCACAACGGCUGCGGUAAAGCGUUUGUGUUCAGACACGGCCUGAAUCAACACAUCCGUACUGUCCAUUCAUUGACUGUCACGCCGUCCCAACUGAAUCCGUGUCCGCAAGUCGGGUGCGAUAAGGGUUUCUCGUCGGACCAGGAUUUGCAACAACGAUCGCUGACUAUCCGCCUCUCGGCACUGCCGGCCGACCCCAAGACAUCACUAAAACGUUUUCCGUGUUCUCACGACGGGUGCGAUAUGUGGUUCUCGUCGGACCAGUAUAUGCGGACACAUGUUGUAUCUGCACACUCGACACCACCCGCACCAAAGCCAUCGCAAUCACUUAAGCCGUAUCCGUGUCGGCACGACGGCUGCGGUAAAGGGUAUUCAUCCAAACAAAACCUCAAUUUUCAUAUAAUGAACGCCCACUCUAUACCACAGUAG